AUGGCUAACUUGGGUCUCUCUGAACAUCAACAAAUAUUGGAAAAAAUUUGCCGAAUUUGUGGAGAGCGAUUGAAGAAGGCAGAAGAUAAGUAUGAGAACAGUUUUCUUUGCGCUGAUAAGACGGAGAUUAUUUUCACAGCCUUUGGUGUCAGAGUUCGUAAAGAUGACCUUGACAUGUGCCCUCCUAAGUUCUGCCACAAGUGUUACAAGCUUGCUUUAAGAGGAGGCACACGCCUUGCAAUCAAUGUGUGGCCUCCACACAAACGCACUGGAAACUGUAAGAUCUGCAGUUUCUUUAAGGAUCAACAGAAACCUGGUAGGAAGAAGAAGACUAAACCUGGAAUAAAACCCAGAGAGGACUCUGCUGAACCCAAGCAACAAGUGGAAAUGGUGGAAGGAAUGUCUGGCACUUUAAGCUUCCAACCUGACCCAGCCUCACUUUCAUUCUCUGAGGAGGUAAAGAAUCUACAAAGCUUUAGAGGAUCAGAACCUCUUUACCCAGAACAGUUUGUUGAAAACAUCAAGCAUGAGUAUAUGUGCCCAAUUUGCAAAGAGGUACUUGAUCAACCAGUCCAGACAAAAUGUCGAACUCCACACAUAUUUUGUGCUAGUUGCUUAUCAUUUUCUUUCGAAAUGUGUGGAUCCCUUUGCCCAGUGUGCCGAACUGUCAUUGUAAAUCCUAAUGAGUUCAUUGAGCCAGCCCCUUUUGUUCUUCGCACCAUACUUUCAGAGUUAGAUUUUCGAUGUCCUACCUGUAAACACACAGUAAAACUUCACCAACUACCUCAGCAUCAAGAAUGUUGCAUUCAAAGCCCUACAACAGCACCCACACACUUCUUAACCCCUUCACAAAGAUCAGUUCCAGUGACACCAUCCCUCCUUGCGCCAGUGAAACCCAUACCUGCAGCAGAGGAAAAGGGACCAGCACUGGUAAAUGUACCAUCACUACAAGCAGAACCUACAACCACCACUAAUACAAAUACAACCUGCAGACAACAACUGACAGUUGAUCAACUACUAACCAGUCCAAAGGAAGCUUAUACAUCCCUAAAGGAGGAAGUUGGAUUGUUCAUCAUUAGACAGUUCCUUUCACAGUCUCAGGAUGGGGCAACCAUUCUCCUCAAAACAGGUGGCCAGGUAAUAAAAUAUUUUUUUAAGUUAAAAAUUAAGACAUUCAUUUUCAAAACAAAAGAUAAAAAUUAAGACAUUCAUUUUCAAAACAAAAGAUAACAAUUCAUUUUCAGCCCUUAGAAUUAGUGAAAAGGACCAGGGCAAGGAAAACAACUGAUGAGGUAACAAGGAAAACUGCUAGAAAUAGAUCAAAGGUAGUAGCAGAGACCAGGACAGCUGUCAGUGGUGGUGCAGCUGGUACCCAAUUGAAAGAUGAACUGCGUGCAAUGGGCAGACUAGAGAGGGAGGCACUGCUGAAGGAGGCCUUGGGAAAGGAAUUUAAAAUCACCAUUCCAAGAGGUGACAUCCUGGCAAUGAAAGCAGACCUUGGUGAGACAUGGUACAAAGUUAGAAAGCUUAGGAGGUAAGAGAAACAUGAACAAAAAAAAUCAUUAAAAACCCCACAGAUUUUCCAAAGACAUUAGAUGUCAGUAACAGUAACUGUUUUGAGUUUGUAUUCAAAUUUGCCAACUGCCUGAAUACCCUCAAUCUGCUUACAAAAUUAUGAUAACUAUUAUGUCUCUACAGAUGGUUUGAUCAAUGGGGACUAUCCUCAGAAAGUGAAACAAGUCAACGAAAGCAAGUUCAGUCCAUCACUGACCCGGCCAACUUGGUUUGUGAAAUGGUCCCAUUUGAAUUAAAAAAACCAGGUUGCCAUCCAGAGGUCAGGGAAGCAGAGUUUGGUUAUGUUACAGACCUGAACCAAUUCAUACAUCUUCAUCUGAGUGAAAAUGAAAAGUAUGAUAUAAAGAAAUAGUUAAAAAAAGUAAAUGCAAUCACUAGAUUAAUGAUUGAAAUUAAACAAAGUUAGCUGUUGCCUAUUGCUGUGAAUUAUAGUCUAAUUAUAGUUGGUUAUCAUUUUAGGAAUGGAAGGCUUACAUGGAACAGUGCAAUCCCAGAAAAUGAAGUGCACAUAAAACUUGGAGGAGAUGCCGGUGGUGGGUCAUUUAAAAUGGCCUUCCAGAUUGCUAACCUGAGGCAUCCAAAUUCUAAAACCAACACAGUGGUCUUUGCCAUGUUCCAUGCAAAAGAUAGUUGGGCUAAUUUAAAGACAGCCUUAAUGAAAUAUAAAGAACAAGUAGACACCUUGAAAGAAGCAACCUGGGCGUAAGUGAAAAAAAAUUUACCACACUUUUAGUUAGUUGGGAGAAUAGAGACUUGAAAUAGCAUAAUAUUAAUUAAAUUUUUAUUUUUGUUUUGCCCAUUUCUAGAGGUAAAAAGAAAGUGGUUUUCCUGUUUGGUGACUAUGAGUUCCUAUGCAAGCUAUUUGGAAUAGCUGGUGCCUCAGGUAUGAUCCAGACAAUAAUUCACAUAUACAAAUAAUUAUGAUUUAGCAAUUCAAUAAAAGAAUAUAAAUGUAGCCUCUACUCUACAUAACUAUUUCUGUGAAACAGGUUUCCACCAUAAGAAUUGUAUUUGCAGGCAAAUAUCCAUGUCUUUGGUGCAAGAUAAAUCAUGAAGUAAUGCAAGUCUCUUGCCAUAAACGUGGGCAUGCUGAAAAACGAAGUCUUGAAAACAUUCAAGAGGAUUAUGAUAAGUUUGUAGCAAGUGGCUCUGUUACAAGUCGACAGAAGUUUUAUCACAAUGUGAUUCACGAGAAGCUGCUGGACAUUGAAUUGGACAAAGUAAGAUACAAGAGUUUAUUU